GGUUUUUAGGAACCUUGUGUGAAGAAAAAAUAGACCCUUGUGCGUCAUCUCCCUGCCAGAACAAUGGAACCUGUUAUGCAGACAGACUUGCCUUCUCUUGCAGUUGUAGUCCUGGAUUUACAGGACCUACAUGUGCUCAGCUGAUUGACUUCUGUGCUCUGAAUCCUUGUGCACAUGGCAUUUGUCGCAGUGUUGGAACCAGCUACAGAUGCCUCUGUAUCCCUGGUUACCAUGGCCUUUACUGCGAAGAGGAAUAUAACGAAUGUCUUUCUGCACCCUGCCAGAAUGGAGCCACCUGCAGAGACCUCGUCAACAGUUAUGAGUGCGUGUGCCUUGCUGAAUAUGAAGGAAGGCACUGUGAACUGUACAAAGAUCCUUGUCUUAACAUCAACUGUCAGAACGGUGGGACUUGUGACAGUGAAGGUCUAAAUGCUACAUGUAUCUGUGCACCUGGAUAUACAGGUGAAGAUUGUGAAAUUGAUGUAAAUGACUGUGACAGCAACCCAUGUCACCAUGCUGGGACUUGCAUAGAUCAGCCUGGUGGUUACACUUGCCAUUGUCCACAUGGAUGGGUCGGUGCAAACUGCGAAAUACAUCUGCAGUGGAAGUCCGGGCAUAUGGCAGAGAGUCUAACAAAUAUGCCUCGUCACUCCCUCUACAUCAUAAUUGGGGCUCUUUGCGUGGCAUUUGUCCUGAUGCUGAUCAUUCUGAUUGUGGGAAUAUGUCGUAUCAGCCGCAUUGAAUAUCAAGGCUCUUCCAGACCAGCCUAUGAAGAAUUUUACAACUGUAGAAGCAUUGACAGUGAAUUCAGUAGUGCAAUUGCUUCUAUCCGACAUGCCAGGUUUGGCAAGAAAUCCCGACCUGCAAUGUAUGAUGCAACCCCCAUUGCUUAUGAAGAUUACAGCCCAGAUGACAAACCUUUGGUUACACUGAUUAAGACAAAAGAUUUGUAAUCUAGUGUAUCUUUUUUGGAUUAUUUUUCAAAAGGAUGGGCUACUAACCUAAUUUAAAUAUUUUUAAGAAGAAAGCAUAAGUAAUUUAAACCAUUAGAUGCUUCAGAAUUUUCUGUAGAAUAUUUAAGAACCAAUUUUCUGCAGCUUUUAGUUUGGAAAAAUAUUUUAAAACAGAAGUUGUGAACUUCAUGAAUUACAUUUUAAUGUACCUUGAGCUCUAUAAAUUAUAAGCUUAUGAUAGUGUGUGCUUUUUUCUUGGUAGACACUAUUACUAAACCCAGAUGAGUUUCUUGUGGUCGUUACAGAACAGAAAACAACAAUUAAUGAGGAGUUCUUUAUGACAUGUCAGUGCCAGCUUUCUCAGUAGAGGUAGGAAAAACGUGAAGCAUAAUAUGAUAUAUAAUAUAUCCAUUAAUUAAAAAAGUCUAAAAUGUUUGUGUUGUGAAAAAGAAACUAGUAAAAAUUAUUAUUCCUAAUCUGAAUGAAUUAGCUUUUGCCUUAUUCCAUGCAUGGAUAGAUAACCUAUUUCUCCAUUAUUUCCUGAAAGUUGCUGAAACAUACUCUUCAGUUGAUGUUUGACAUUUUUGUAAUAGUAUUCAGGCUAGGCCUUGUAUAAUAAUUAAAGUGCCUCUUGAGGCAAAGUAAGGGCAUGAUCCUUUAAACAUUGGAAUCAAUGAGAGAACUUCCAUUGACUUCAGUGGGCAUGGGAUUGGAUCCUACAAUUGGACUGAAUCUAUAUUUUUCUUUAAAGGUUAAAGUUUUUUAUAUUGUGAGUAAAAUAAUCAUAUGGUUUGAAUUGUUUGUUUCCUAAAGGUUGUUGAUGUACAGUACUGUUUCAUGAAAUGUUGUGUAUUUCUCAUAGUGCUUCUUAUUUAGGAUCAGUAUGGGGGUUUUGUGGCUGUAUUUGAUGGCUUCUGGGCUUCUUAAAAUUCUUGCUUAUUUCAGAAAAUAUUGAAUAAAUGUUAUCAAGUGAAGAU